CUUCCUGACAGAACUGGUUUAGAAACAUCACUGCGCAUGCGCGUACUGAGCGGAAGUUGUAUGAGUGCUGAGCGGAAGCUGUAACGUCCUUUCUGCUCCCGGACCGCCAUCAUGGUGUUUAAGCGCUUCGUUGAGAUCGGCCGUGUUGCCUACAUCUCUUUCGGACCCCAUGCUGGCAAGCUGGUGGCCAUUAUCGAUGUUAUUGACCAGAACAGGGCGCUUGUUGAUGGUCCCUGCACUGGAGUAAAGAGGCAGGCCAUGCCAUUCAAGUGCAUGCAGCUCACAGACUACGUCAUCAAAGUACCUCACAGCGCCCGCCAGAAGUUUGUGAGGCGAGCCUGGGAGAAGGCCCAAGUCAACGAGAAAUGGUCACAGAGCAGCUGGGCUAAGAAGAUCGAGGCCAGACAGAAGAGGGCCAAGAUGUCUGACUUUGACCGCUACAAGGUGAUGAAGGCCAAAAGGAUGAGAAACAAGAUCAUCAAGCAUGAGGUGAAGAAGCUCCAGAAGGAGGCGGCAAAGAAGUGAAGAUUUCACAGAAUAAAUUUGCUCUUUGAUUGUU